AUUUGGUAACGUUUUUCUACACACGCUUUAGUGAGGUGUGCUAUUACUUUUCCUUUGUUGUUGUUGGGCAAUAUAAUUGUUGCUUCAUGUUUUUGAUUGGUAUUGUAAAAAUUAAAAUUUUUACCGGUAAUUUGGAACUCUUUUGAAAAGGCACGAUCAAAAUGUCAUAUUCUCAUUCGAAUGGCGGUGGUGGAGGUAUGGGUGAUGCCGGCAGCCAUCGAGGUUAUUCGGGUGACGAACGUGAGUCACGAAGUGGUGGGGAAGACGGUGGUGGCAGCGUCGGACGUAAUGAUGACAGUGAUGUAAUAUUACAUGAUAUACCCACAUAUUUGCUUGAACACUUGGCGACGUUUACUGUAAAUAAAGACUCCGGUAUAGUCUAUCCAGCAGACGGCAUGAGGCGUUUACUACAGUUAGAGAAAACUACUGGUAUUUGGUCACAAAAGAUGCAGUUAUGUUUAGACUAUCGUUGGGUGCUAAUAAUGGAUUAUGAAACUGGGAAUAUUAUUGAAAGGUUUCCUGCUACGCUUAUUCAAGAACCAACAGCAUUUACCUCUACUGAUGCUAUGGAGUUGUAUAAUAAUAUAUUGGUAUUCAUUGUUUCCGGGGGCAGUGGAUCGCGUUCUGAAAUGCAUAUUUUUCAGUCACAAAAUGUUUCCGCCGUUCAUUUGGUAGAGGAUUUGAAAAACUUACAAAGAGGUAAUUUUGAUGUACAACAACGUGAAGUAAUGACAUUACAAGGAAAUUCGCGUCAUACACAACAACAACAAAUACCUCAUAGUAGCAACACUCAUUCGCAAGUCUAUAUGGAUUCCAACAGUAAUAGUGGUGUGAUGAUGGGUGGACAUAACAAAGUUGCACAUUCACGUAAUACCGAACAACAUGCAACAAAUUAUCAGCAGCAUUCCAUGAGCAAAGAACAACACAACUAUAAUAUGCGAGCUGAUAAUGACAAUAUAGCAACAGGGUUGGGUGAAAUUGACUCUGAUCAUGGGGGUAUUCAUGAUGCACGUGCUUUAGGCGGUGUAAAUUUAAAUGAUGAUGAAACUAGUUCGGUUUCCAGUGAUAAAUAUGAACGAGAUGUCAAUGUACUUAAUCAUUGUUUUGACGACAUCGAGAAGUUUAUAGCUCGUCUGCAGCAUGCGGCAGCCGCUUCGCGAGAGCUCGAAAGAAGAAGGCGAAAUAGAAAAUCUAAGAAAAAAGAUCCCGGUGAGGGUCUAUUGACAUUGCGUACGCGGCCACCACAUGAAAAGGAAUUUAUUGAUAUAUUUGCCAAAUUCAAGCUCUCUUUUAAUCUACUGGCAAAACUUAAGGCUCAUAUUCAUGACCCGAACGCUCCGGAGCUAGUACACUUUUUGUUUACACCUCUGGCUUUAAUUGUUGAGGCUGCAAGUGACACGUACUAUGAAUCUCAGCUUCCAGCCAGAGUGAUAAAUCCUUUGCUAACGCGGGAAGCUGUUAAUUUACUUAUCAAUUGUGUGACUAGUAAAGAGACCGAACUUUGGCGCUCUUUAGGUGACGCUUGGACAGUGCCUAGGGAUCAGUGGAAGGAAGAUGUUAGUUCUUAUCAUCCGGUCUUUUUAGACGGCUGGUCUCCAGACUACUUAAUAAUUGAUGAAUUGGAAAAACCAACUACUAUGACUCCUCCGCCACCAGCUAUUGUAAGCAAUAGCAAUAAACGUGGUCACACAGAGAAUGGUCGUGAACUAGCUCUAGAUAUGGCAGGUAAUAGUGGCUCAGCUACGCAUGACAACACUGGCCUUAGUUACGACGACUGCGAUGGUAGUGAUAAAUACAAUAUUGAAAACACAAUUGACACAGCGGAUCGUUAUAGCGAAGUCGUUAUGUCGUACCGAGAUCACCAGCAAAAUACCAAAAAUCAUUCAAAUGCGGCAACAACAAUUGGUACUGCUGGAGAUGUGGGUGCUGUAGGAAUACACGCAAUCACGUCUGGUGUGCAAAAUCUUUACAAUCGUGGUAUGCGCUCGUCUCAGGCUCACGGUAAUAUGAUGGAUCAGGUUAACUCACCCUCACCGACUACAAUAAGUCAUCCAAUGCCAGAAAUAUCAAGUAGCAUACGUUCUGGGGACGAUCAAAUGGUGGAGCAGUGGCUAGAUGAACUGCAGGCGGCUGGUGCUAAAAUAGUAUUGGUUACAUAUCCCCGCACCGCCAAUAAUGAUAAAGAAUUAAGUGUGGUUCGUGGUGAAUAUCUCGAGAUUCUAGACGACACUCGGAAGUGGUGGAAAGCCAGAAAUAUCCGGGGCCAAAUGGCCCAUGUGCCACACACAAUUGUUACACCCUACAACUAUGGCGACAUUGAAACUAUUCGAAACCAAAACAUGUAUGCCGGCCAUCAUCAGCAAACUUCCAAUUAUACGAAACCAAGAAAUUCUAGUACAACCGACAAUAUUGUUGAUUCACGUACAUCAAGCAAUGACAACGCAGAUUGGAUACGCAACAAACAUUUGGUUUUAUACGCUAAGCCUUCUUCAUCUUUAACUGAAACGAAACAAACUGAUUCGCCUAUAUAUUCUGGUCAAACGGUGCAAGAAGAAUUAAAACACGUAUUGAAGCAACGGGAACGACGUAACGAUCUUGACAUCCAUAAGACCUUAACAAUUUACAUUGAUCAAAAAUCUAGUCCACCAGAAGUUGUAGCCUGGUUGAGGGCCAAAGAAUUUUCAACAACUACAAUUGAACGUCUUAUAGGUGUCAAUGCUGAGGAAUUAUUUGCUUUAAGUCGAGAACGUAUUAUGGAAAUUUGUGGCAGUAAAGAAGGAAAACGUUUAGCAUCACAAUUAAGUUUGCAAAAAAGCGUUUCAGGCUAUAAAACUGCACGAUCAGCUGAGUUACAUUCGAUUCUAGCCAAAGCUCGACCAAAAUCCGAAAUGAAUUUAAUAAACUAACAAAGGAAUCAAUGCCAACAAAUACAAUAAUUUAUUAUCUACGAGCUGUCUAUUUGGAAUAUAUACAUACAUACACACAUACAUACACGUAUUAUAAGGAUUGAACAUUUAAGGCCCUUUUUGUAUGUACCUAUUUCGAGCAACAAUUAUAUAUUCGUGAAAAUAUCAUUAUGCCAAAAAACUGUAAAGUAUUAAUUACUCCGUCCAGAAAUAAAAAUACAAUGUAAAUGCAUUGUAGUUUUAACAUA